AUGAAUCCUGCCACCACAUUCCUUCCGACCACCACCGCCCUCCUAAUAACCUUCCUCCUCGUGAUCACACUCAACCCCGUCCUUACCGCCGCCAUGCGGCCACCGCUCAUCGAUACCCACGGCAGCCGCGUCGAGUUCGGCGCACAAUACCUCAUCUUUCCGGCGACCCACAACGGAGGCGGAGGGCUGACCCUAGCCGACGCCGCUCCCACCAACUGCCACACCCAUGCCUCCUGCAAGGUCGACAUAAUCCAAGCCCAAAACCCGAAUUCCCACGGCCUUCCCGUGACAUUUUCCCCCGUGAUCAUCUUUGGCGCCAUGGAUCUGAACAUCCAGUUUGCAGCUUCCUCGGCCUGCGGGAAAUCGACGGUGUGGUAG